AAGCAUGAAAAUUAACGGAGAUAACAUGGAAGCAAUUACUUUUCCUGGUCGGCAGAAUUUUUGUUCAGGCACUGAAUUUCCUUUUGCUCCGAAUGAUAAAGGAUUAAAUAGUUUAAUUGGCAAUGAAACCUAUCUAAAUAAGGAAAAUUUAUAUGUCAUUGUCAGCAGAGAAGACUUUUACGAUUCUCUUAUCAUAGCAGGCAAUUUCAAAGUCACUAAUGCCGACGGAAUUCGUCGCUUUUUGGAAAAUGGAGCCAAUCAAUUCAAUUACCAAAGCGUUCCAACUAUUUCGUCAACCAGGAAUACCCGCGAUAGUGAUGGCGCCAAGCAUAAUCAAUUAGUUAAAAAAUACAACUUGGUUAAUAGUGUGGCAAUCAACGUAAUUAACCGCGAAUUCGCUCGAUUAUGGGACCAACUAAAUAGCCAACGAGAAAAUUUGCCAGUUAACAAACGCACGCAGAAAUUACUAGCCAAAAUCACGAACCAAAGCCAACAAAAAUUAGGACAAGACGAAGAAAUUACGGCUUUUGCGGAACUGCAAGAAUUGGUUUUGCUUGACGCCAAUGCCGAAGCAGAACAA